AUGCCCACUCAACAGAUGUUAGUAAAUAUUAUAUUAAUUAUAUUAUUCACCAAUGUAUUAUCAAUUGACAAUCCUAGGAAUGUCUCGGAAAGUACAUUAGACAUAGCAAGUGAUGCAGCUGAAUUAAAAUAUUUAUUACAUGAGAUUAAAUCUCAGUCUGCAAAGAAGUUUGGAAUUUUUUCAGAUUCAUUAAUUAUCUCUGGUGUUGAGGAAAUGAAAAAGGCAACUUUUAAUGAUGGAACAGAAGCAUCAAUAAAUAGAAAAGUAUCUGAUGAUCUUUUUGAGAAUGAUAUUCUUUUAAAUAUUGAACAGGCUCAUGAAAUUUUAACUGAAGUUAAGAAUGAAAAAAGGUUACUUAAAAGGCAAGCCCAACCAGGGUUAAAAUUUAUGUGGACAAAUAAAAAAAUUAGUUAUGUUUUUGGAUAUAAUGAUUAUAUUUGGCAACAAUUAAUAAAAAGAGCUUUAUCUCAUAUUGAGGAACAAACAUGUAUAAGAUUUUUUGAAAAUGGUCCAACUUAUGAUAAACUUCAAUUUAUACGUGGAUCUGGAUGUUGGUCAAAUGUAGGAAGACAAGGUGGUCGUCAACAAGUAUCUAUAGGUUAUGGUUGUGAUUCUUUGGGAAUUGUUGCUCAUGAAACAUUACAUGCUCUUGGAUUAUGGCAUGAACAAUCAAGAUAUGAUAGAGAUGAUUAUAUUAGAAUUGAUUGGACAAAAAUAUUUAGAGGUACACAAAGUAAUUUUGAGAAACGUACUCCAGUAACAAGUGAUAAUAUGGAUAUGGCAUAUGAUCUUGGAUCUGUUAUGCAUUAUGGAUCUAAAGCUUUUAGUACAGAUUGGUCAAGUUAUUCAAUUGUAACAAAAAAUUCUAUAUAUCAACAAACAAUUGGACAAAGAAGAGGUAUAUCAUAUAAAGAUGCAAAGAUGAUUAAUUUGCGUUAUUGUAUGGAUAUCUGUAAAAAUCAAUUAAAAUGUAUGAAUGGUGGUUAUACUGAUCCAAAUAAUUGUCAAAAAUGUCGUUGUCCAACAGGAUACUCUGGAACAUUAUGUAAUCGUGUUCAAGCAAGUAGUAUUCGUUCAUGUAAUGGUGGUGAAUUAAGAGGAACAGGAAAUUGGAAAAUACUUACUAGUCCUUACCUUAAUGCAGGAAUUAAUUGUUUUUGGAGAAUUACUGCUCCAGCUGAUAAAAAAAUAGAGUUAAAAUUUGAAAAAUUAAAUUUCCCAUGUUCUGAUGUUUGUGAUAGUUAUAUUGAGGUGAAAUAUCUUUCUGAUAAAACAAUUACAGGAGCAAGAAUGUGUUGUUUACCACCAACAAAAUCUAUUAUUACUAAAGAAGUUGGUACAGAUGUUAUAUUGAACUUUUAUGGAGACGCCUCUGUUCAAAAUGGUUACCAUGGAUUUUUAGUUAAAUACCGUAUAUUAACUGAAGAUGAAAGUCCUGUUGAAGGAUAUUUGGAAAAUCUUUUAACAACUACUAGCCCACAAGAAAAGGGUGAAUGGUCUGCAUGGGGAGAAUGGAGUACUUGUUCACGCCCAUGUGGUGGUUGUGGAACUCGUAUUCGUGUACGUGCUUGUUAUCCAGAACACCUUAAAUGUGAUGGUGAUUUUCAAGAUACAGAAUCAUGUAAUCAACAUGUUUGUAAGACAAUUGAUACAAAAAAAAAUCAAAGAUGUAUGGGAAGAUUAGUUAUGCCUUGUGAUUUAAUGGAAAAACUUGAUUUUGGUACAACAAGAUCAAGUGACUCAUCAAAAGAAAAUGAUAUUCCAUAUCUUCCAACUAAUAGUAAAAAUUUACACAUAGUUAAUAAAGGUAAAAAAUUAAUGAAUAAAAGAAAAAAAAGAUUUGUUGAUGGUGAUAAACAAAUGGAAGAAGAAUCUAUUUGUGAAAAAAAAUUUUCAUACAAUUGUCCAACAAACCUAUUGACAAUUAAUGUUGAUUGGAAAAAGCCUAAUGACAACUAUCAAAUUGGAAUGUGUUGCUCAGGAUACAAGCCAAAUAAAAGUAAUGUGUGUGUCCUAGUAUAG